UCCCCCGCGAUGGCGGCCCCCGGCGGGCUGGGCCGCUGCGUGGUCGCCUUCUGGCUGGCGCUGGCCUUUGACGCGCUGGGCCUGGCCGUGCUGCUGGCCGGGGUGUUCGCCGACGUGUUUUUCUCCGACCUGCUCAUCUACGCGGGCGGCAUCGGCAUCUUCCUCAGCCUCAUCUGGUGGGUGUUCUGGUACGCGGGCAACCUGGAGGUGCCGCUGGAAGAGCUGCGGGACGACGUGGGGCUACCGCCGCCCAAGGGUCGCGGAGACAGCCUGCUGCGGGGGCUGGUGCACAGCCUGAGCCUCCGCCUCUCCUCUGCCUUCGCGCCCGCACCGCGCUCCCGCGCCGCCCCCGACAUGGAGCUACAGCGCACCGGGGGCCCGCGGGGCCGCCCCGUCGACUCCGGCAGGGUCUGUUGAAGACACGACUAUUGAAGUUACUGCCUCUGAAAGUGGGGGAAGUGCUGCAGACUGUGGAAAGAGAAUUCCCUACUCAAGGCAAUGGGAUUCCCUCAUUAAGGAAUAAUCUCUGCAACCAUUGUGGACUCUGUAUAAAAUGGACACAUAGAGCCAUAUCUCUGCCAAACACACCUUUUUCAGUGUUGGACUGUAUUUUGUGGGUAUUCUUCACCAUUUCAAAACAUAAAUCAGAUCUCUUAAGAAGUGAGAACUAAAGAAACAAACCAAAUUCACAGAAAAAUACUGCAGCAUGUAAUAUGGAGCUUUAAAAAAAGUUUAAUAACUUGAGAAUGUUUGGAUAAAUGCUCUUGCACAAUGAAAAGCUCUUGCACUGUUUUACCAAGGUCUGCAAGUAAAAUUUACUGUGAAUUUUUAUGAUGCCAGUGCAAUACUUUUGUUUGUAAGGGUGCUUUUAAAAUAUCUAUGUUAAACUAUUGAUGCAAAGUUUCAAACGUAGUAGAAGUUGUUUAUAGUGUAAAUACACAAUUUACAGUGACUUGUAAAUUUUCAUCAUUAUUUUGGAAUAAAUUGAAAUAUGAGAUUUUAUAAGUAGAUGAGUAAAAAUAGUGAUGUUGGCUUCAUAGUUGCAAAUGAUGUAAUAUGAUGACUCUAAGAAGCAUUUUUAGUCCAAUGACAUUGGGAAUUAUUUUCCUAAUGCUUAAGCAUUUGAGGAGAAGAACUGCCAAAUAAAAAUCUCUGUUGUUAACAAAUACUCUGGUGCUUUUAACCAUAUUAGCAAAUUUACAUUUAGAUGUAACUGAGAACUAGCACUUGAUGGGGGGGAAAAAAGAACUGUGUUAAAGUUAUUAUACUUAAAAUUUGUGCGUGGAGAAAUUCCUCAUGAGUUCCUUUUGGUUUUGAACAAACACUUAGGAGUUUGAGCUGACUGUUAGCAAAUAUAGGCAGAUCUUAAAAUUUUAAUGUACAAUUGUUCUUAUGCCACUCCUCGUCAAAUACUAGAGGUGGAUUUAAGUACUAAGAGUACUGUGGCUGUACUUCCUUGUGAAUGUCCUGUUGUAGAUUACUGGAGUCACUUCUUACUAUUCUAUGCAUGUUCUACUUUUGCACAUUUUCCAAAUGCUCUCAGUUUUUCAACAAGGUUAGAGGAACACUAAACUUGAAGGUCUGUAAUGGGAUUAAUUCGUUGCUAACUGUAGUUUUUAGGAGUUGUAUACAAUUGUUUUCUCUUUUAGGGGAACUGCAAUGUGACACCCCUGAGGUGUUACAGUGGUCUGAUCUUUAAAAAAAGCCAAACCACGCAAAACCCCUAAACGAUCUCCAGGUUGUGUUUCAGUGUCAUUUGCAACAUUGGGCUUUUUUCAUUCAAUUUCAUUGCUCUGAACAGAGAUAACUGCUUUUUCUGAUUUCCCAUAGAUUCACUUGUCAACUGAAUUAUGAGAUGUAAUGUUUAAUAACCGGAAUAAUUACUAGCAGCAGUAAAUUAAGCCAGAACUUCUGUGGGCAGCCAUUAACAUACUUAGUCUGGUGACAAAAUUUUCUUCUGGUCUAGUGUUGUAGUAAUAAUUACUGGAGUAAAUCAAGCAGGGUUUUGUAUUCACUGUAGAUUACAAUGUAAUGAAUCUUAAAUUCAGUGUCAAUACUUAACGAUUGUUGUGCAAGAUGGUAGCUAGAAUGUUGUUGGUUGUUGCAACUCUGCUCAAAAAUUGCACUGGAUUCAAAAGCUCACUAUUAGGAACAGGGUGCCUGUUUUAAAAAUUGAAUGAGCCUUUCUGUUUGCAACUGUCAGCCAGUUACCAUUUCAUGCUGUCUGUUUGCCUUCUAAAUAAGGAAGGCUAAUACUGAGUACAAACUGAGAACGGAAUUAUUAGCAGUUUAACAUUAACGAAUGCUGAACACUAUUUUAGUUUCCUGGGAUCCUUAUCAGCCGUAGCUUAAUGCAGCACAAAGUCUGUUCCAAGAACUUUUAUAUUGUUGAUUGGAAAGAGGCACUUGUACAUGCUCAGGACUGUUUGCGGUUGUGUGAACGCCAAGUUUUACAUCUGAAGGUAGAGUCCCUUUAGAGGUAAAGAACAGUCUAAACAAAGGUAAGACUGUAAAGAACCAAACCCUGGUUACAGGAGUAACAGUAUACGGGUUCCUGUAUAUAGCUGGUUAAGCCUUAAAACUUACUCAAAACAGCAUCCUAUAUCCACUAAAGGAAAAAAGCUAAACCAUUAACUUUUAAUUAUGUAGAAGGAUUAAAUGUCUAGGCUCUUUAGAUAUGGACUAUAACCAAAGAAAGUUUUAAUGUGGAGAAAUGAGUCUAAAGUUAUUAACAAAUUCUAUACAAAAAUCCGUUUGAUGUGAUUUCUAGGAGUGAGUGUUGCUGGGAGGUAAUUAUGGCAGUAGCAGCUUGUGAAUAGGCAAAUACGUGCAGCUGGUUGAGGGAGAAGUUCAAAUAGCAUCAUAUGUUGCUGUAACUAGCUUAUGUGAAUUGAAGUAAACAUUACAUAGCCAAUUGAAUUUUUAAAAACCCAUGUUUUUAGCAGGUGGAGCAUUACUGAGGAACUACACAGAAAAUGCAUGGCUCCAUAUUUAUCCAGGUUGCUCUAAAAGAUAUUGAAAGCAUUUAUAUAUGUAAUUCCUUUUGAAUUAUACCAUCUCCGAGCUGCUACAUCCCUUCU